CGGACCGUGGCCGUCGGAGAUCUCCACGGCGAUUGCGACGCCUUUGUCAACGUGCUCCGCACUGCUGGCUUGGUCGACGCGACGGCCAGAUGGACUGGAGGCGACGCCGUGCUCGUGCAGUGCGGCGACGUGCUAGACCGCGGCCCGCAAGAAGCAGAGUGCCUCGCGCUGCUGCGAAGCCUCAAGAUGCAGGCUGCUGCCGCCGGCGGUCGUGUCGUGACGCUCCUCGGCAACCACGAGGUGCUCAACGCGUGCGGA